GAGAGAAUGAAUGAAUAAAUGAAUGAAUGAAGGAAAAGGGGAAGAAGAAAUACAUAUGUAUACGUCCGUAUCGUGCCAGUGACAGCAGCGUGCCCGAGUCGAGUCCAUUAUGGAACGUUGACUGUUUCAGUUUAUCCGCUCGACCGCAGGUCCGAUGGCGGGAGAGGAGAAGGUGUGACUAUCAGCCGGCUGCGUCGGCGGUGCCGAGGGACGACGACUGCGAUAAACGAUUGCCGAGCGAGGACCAGCAGCUCCAGCAGCCGCAGCAGACGGUGCAGGUGAUCGCCGCGGGCCGGCCAGGUAAUCACGGCAACAACAACCACACGCGGGUGCUCAUCAAACGCGGCGGAAGCGGCGGCGGUGGCGACGAUUCUUCCCACGACGAGUGCGAUCAGACGCAGUGUUGAUCGAGCCACGGGACCACGUACAACGAUUACAUCUCCCCCGUCCCGAAACCAGACAGGCGGCAACCGGACAAACCGGAGUCGGCGGAAUAUUUCGCUGAUUCACCAAUGUAUGCCGGGUUUCGCGUUGGUAACGGUAAACCAGCGUGGAACGGAAGGUGUAUUGUAUCUUAUUUUCUUACGUGUAAUAUAAUCAUUCAUUUCAACAAGUUUUCUUCCUCUCGCGAUUAUACGUGCGCUCCUCUUUGGCGUUGCAGAGGGAAGAGCAAUGCAACGAAAUGACGUAAAUUCGCAUCGAGUAUUUUAAAAAGACUUGCACUACCUCUCCGCUCCACCGCUCAAUAUCAAACGGAGCUGCGAAAAGGUGCGAUCAAAGAUACUUUGCACUAUUACUGGGAAUCAAAGUUCGUCUUGAGAAAUUUACCAACACAAUGAAGCCCAAACUCUAAAAGCUCCAAGAUUUACUUUGUUAAUUAACCCCCCGGUCGUCGCGCGGACUCUUUAAAAGUUCGAUGUUUCAGUCAAACGCGUUCUUUUUUUUCGUAAGAAAAUAUUAACUUGUGACCUUUCCGCUAAACUUGGAUAUUCUCGCGAAGCGAUAUAUUCUGCACAAAAUCCGACAACCUAAUUAAACAAAGAAAAUAAUUGAGUUCUCGACACGAGACAUAUAAAUUGAUCUUUUACAUUAGGAUUUCUCAAGAACCCGACGCGUCGACUCGGGUUGCGCAAAAUGGCGCGAUGACUGAAGAGUUAAUUUCAUGUAACGUGAAUCUCGUGUAUAACGAAACAUAAAAAUGCGCGUGUUUACUAUUUAUUAAUUUGAGGAAGAAAAAUCAUAUCAGAGUAACGAUACGAUCGUCGUUUUUAUACUAGUGAAGAAUUUGCUAUUAUUUCUUCGUGCAAUGUUUGAAAAGUGAUCUGUUAGCGUUAGUGUUUCUUGUCAAUCGUUUUACUAAAUGUAAAUGAUGCAAUUUAUUUGUAUAUAUUUACCAUCUACGUGACGUUAUAUAGAUAUAUCGGUCGAUUGUAUAAUAUGUAUGUCGAUACUCAUUGUCCGCGACACCAUCGUAAUAAAAGGAAUCUGUAAUUAGAAUAAAUGUUAAUACUAUACAUACUAGUCUUAACUGUAUCAUAAAAUAGACCGCAAUUUUUUUAAAUCAUGAGUAAAACGAAUUAAGUUUUUGAGAAUAAAUUUAUUGAUUUAGGGGGGGAGAAGCGCUUCGUGAAACUCAAUGAAAGAGUUCGUCUAAAGCAAUUGAGAAAGAACUUUGGGAAUUUUCAAGAAUCUGAAAUAUAAAAACAUCCCAAAUUUAGGUACGAUUAACGUUUAAGAUGUUUUCAAAACUUUAAACUUUUCUCCGUCACAGAAGCGACAAUGGCCAAAGAAUUUCUUAUUUCGUAUAUGAUUGUAAUCUUGUACAAUCGUUUUAUUACAUGUGUAUAUAUAUAUAUAAAAUUCUAUGUAAUGUAUCGAUUGUAAACAGUUCUAUAAAAGGUAAAAUGUGUGUAUGUACAAUAGCGUGUAUAUCUCGAUGGUUGUAAGAAAUUCAUAUCUCUACAAACGAAACGAAUCUGAAGAAAAGUGUUUAAGAAAUUUAAUAUAUUUUGCGAAAAAAAAACACAAAUAAACUAACCAGUCUCGAUUUAA